CUAUAAAGAGAAGAUGCAAUCCGACCGCCUUUGAAAUGAUCCUCAGGACUUAUUGCGACAGGCCCUUCAGUCGCACUUCAAAAGGACGAGUCCUGGUUUGAAAGCCGCUGCUUUUGAAAAAGGGACCUAGAAAACCAGGAGCAAGAGCGCGAAGUGGUCAAAGAUUCUUACAAACCGAUAAAGGACAGGAGUAGGAAAAGAGAAUCAAGGGAUUAUUGAUGACCACUAUAUCUAAACUCAUGCAUAGGUAACCUGGUUGUGUAACUGGGUCAAUCCGUGCAGGAUCUUUGCGCGCCUCUUCGCCCGCACGCUCUGACUUUGGCACGGUUACGCACUGCGCGCCGCGCUUCACGCAGGUGUGGAUAUAUCUUAAAGCUCCGGUGCACACAUGGCUGCGUUGACCUUAUCCAGAGCGGAUAAUUUCCUGCACAAUUUCUUACAGGAUCGUACUCCUAGCUCCUCUCCAGAAAGCGGUCCUAACACCCUUUCCUUUUUGGCCACCACAUGCAGUCAGGCUUGGCAGGAGGGGUCUCAGCUCCCUUACGAGGGGCCGGUGGGCUCCACUUCCAGCAUGUUUCAGCUCUGGAGCAAUGACGUGGCCCCAAACUCCAGCUUGAGCGCCCACCAGAUGACCUUCACCAUGCCCAAAAUGCAGUUCCCCGGCCACAUGCAGUCCACCCUGGGCUCGCACUCCCAUCAUCACCAUCAUCACCACCAUCACCACCACGAGCUCCCCCUCACCCCUCCAGCCGAGCCUCCGUCUGCCUACUCAUUCGAUCUGUCUCCAGUAAAGAUGCUCUCCUCCCAGGCACAGGGGAACGUGCCGUACUACACGCAGCACAACGCUGUGGGUCAGAACUUUCCUAGCUUCCUUCAGAAUGCUUCAGGAAGACCUCACCUGCCAGGUGGACACGUUGAGGACGGCCAGCAGUGGUGGAGUCUUCCUCAGAGUAACAGCGCACACUCCGGGCACCCCUUCUCUCUGGGACGCCAGCUGGUUUUGGGCCACCAGCCUCAAAUCGCUGCUCUUCUGCAAGGAACCUCAAAAGGUCUGUUGAGCUCAACUCGCCGUUGUCGCAGAUGCAAAUGCCCCAACUGCCAGUCCACGGGAAACGGAGGUGCUGCUCUGGAGUUCGGGAAGAAAAGACUACAUAUUUGUCACAUUCCAGAUUGCGGCAAAGUCUACAAAAAAACCUCUCACCUGAAGGCGCACCUGCGCUGGCAUGCCGGCGAGCGGCCCUUCAUCUGCAACUGGCUCUUCUGUGGAAAGAGCUUCACUCGCUCAGAUGAGCUGCAGAGGCAUCUUCGCACACACACCGGGGAGAAGCGUUUCGGCUGUCAGCAGUGUGGGAAAAGGUUUAUGCGGAGUGAUCACCUCUCCAAGCAUGUGAAGACCCACCAGAGCAGGAAGAGCCGGUCCAGUCAGCCUUCUCAAAGUGAGACUGAUGCACUGCUAAGCAACAUUAAGAGAGAGUAAAGGAUGCUGAAUGCAAAAGAACACAGUAUAGUAUCAGGAAUGAAAGCAGAGACCCUUUGAGGCCAUUUGUGUCAUCUAAAAAAUUUUUAUAGAAAAGGUGAAAUUAUUAAAAAUACAGUACAUUCCAAAAAGCAAUAGGAGCAUGGGCCUGUUUUGAAAACACUGGAGCAAACACACACCAUGCUGCACUGAAAUUGAUCUUUGAGACCUUAAAGAGACUUUAGGUCACAGUGGAUGUGAUAGAGCUGAUAAAAGUGACAUUUUUUUAUGGCUUCUUAUGACCAAAUUUGCCCUUGCACAUUUAUUUAAAGAUAAUUCAGUUCCUCUAAAGAAUUUCUCUGAACAGCAAAAUCAAAAGUAUUUGUUACAUGGUAAAAAUGUCAUUUGUUUACAUUUUGUUGUUGCUUUCUCUAGUUUUUAGGGAAAAUUGAUGCCUUAUAUUAAAAUCAUAAAUUCUGGUUGCAAAAUUUGCCAACAUUAUUCCCUGCAGAGAAUGGCACUGCUAUAAAUCUAUUUCAGUCUUAAUCUAAAUAGUUUCAAGACAUGAACCAAUUGUAUAUAAUGUUGAUAUAGCGCACAGUUCUAUAAAGACCAGCAUGUGAAAUAUUAAUAAACACAAAUAACUGCAACUCAUAAUCUCGUGCUUUGUUUU